GGCAUCAGAGCGGCUCGCCGGAAGUGGUGGCGGAGCGGGAAGGCAUGGCGGACGCGGCGGGGAUGGCGGAGCCGCCGGGGCCCGGAGCGGAACCGGGAGCGGAACCGGGAGCGGAACCGGGAGCGGAACCGGGAGCGGAACCGGGAGCGGAACCGGAGAUGGAGCCGGAGAUGGAGCCACCGGAGCCGGGAGCGGCCCCUGGGCCUGAGCUGGAGCCGGGGCCUGGAGCGGAGAUGGAGCCGGAGCGGCCCGAGCUGAGCUUUGAGGAGGAGGAGGUUCCCCACGAGGAGGAGCUGCUCCGCAACCCCUUCUCGGUGCGCUGUUGGCUCCGCUACGCGCAGGCCCGGGGGACGGGGCCGCGGCACCGCCUCAACAUGCUCUACGAGAGGGCCCUGCGGCAGCUGCCCGGCAGUUACAAGCUGUGGUACCGGUACCUGCGGCUGCGGCGGCUCCAGGUCAAAGGUCGCUGCCCCACGGACCCGGCGUUCGAAGAGGCCAACGCCGUCCACGAGAGGGCGCUCGUCUUCAUGCACAAGAUGCCGCGGAUCUGGCUGGAUUACUGUCAGUUCCUGGUGUCGCAGGGCCGGGUGACGCGCACCCGGCGCACAUUCGACCGGGCGCUGCGGGCGCUGCCCGUCACCCAGCACCACCGGCUCUGGCCGCCGUUCCUCAGCUUCGUGCGCAGCCACCCCCUGCCCGAGACCGCCCUGCGCGUCUUCCGCAGAUACCUCAAGCUGUGCCCUGAGGGUGCUGAGCAGUACGUGGGGUACCUGGUGUCCGUGGGGCGGCUGGAUGAGGCCGCGCAGCGUCUGGCCCGGUUGGUGAACGACGAGCGCUUCGUGUCCCGCGAGGGGAAAUCCAACUACCAGCUGUGGCAGGAGCUGUGUGACCUGCUGUCCCAGCACCCCGAGCGCAUCCGCUCCCUGGACGCCGGCUCCAUCAUCCGGGGGGGCCUCACGCGCUUCACGGACCAGCUGGGCCGGCUCUGGGGGGCGCUGGCCGACUGUUACAUCCGCAGCGGCCACUUCGAGAAGGCGCGGGACGUGUACGAGGAGGCGGUGCAGACGGUGAUGACGGUGCGGGACUUCACCCAGGUGUUCGACAGCUACGCGCAGUUCGAGGAGAGCGUCAUCGCCGCCCGCAUGGACACCGCGACCCACGCGGCCCGCGACGACGACGGGGAGGUGGAGCUGGAGCUGCGGCUGGCGCGGUUCGAGCGGCUCAUGUCCCGGCGGCCGCUGCUGCUGAACAGCGUCCUGCUGCGCCAGAACCCGCACAACGUGCACGAGUGGCACAAGCGCGUGCAGCUGUACGAGGGACAGCCCCAGCAGAUCAUCAGCACGUACACCGAGGCUGUGCGCACCGUGGACCCCCAGAAGGCCACGGGCCGGCCCCACGGGCUCUGGGUGGCGUUCGCCCGCUUCUACGAGGACAACGGGCAGCUGGAGGACGCCCGCACCAUCCUGACCAAGGCCACCCGCGUGCGGUUCCGCCGCGUCGAGGACCUGGCGGCCGUUUGGUGCGAGUUCGGCGAGAUGGAGCUGAGACACCACAACUACCAGGAGGCCCUGAGCAUCCUGCGGCGAGCCACCGCGCUGCCCGCGCGCCGCGCCGAGUACUUCGACAGCUCGGAGCCCGUGCAGAACCGCCUCUACAAGUCCCUCAAGGUCUGGGCCAUGCUGGCCGACCUGGAGGAGAGCCUGGGGACCUUCCAGUCGACCCGAGCGGUGUACGAGCGCAUCCUGGACCUGCGCAUCGCCACCCCCCAGAUCGUCAUCAACUACGGGCUGUUCCUGGAGGAGCACGGCUACUUCGAGGAGAGCUUCAAGGCGUACGAGCGCGGCAUCGCGCUGUUCCGCUGGCCGCACGUGGCCGACGUGUGGCACACGUACCUCACCAAGUUCGUGGCGCGGUACGGCGGGCGCAAGCUGGAGCGGGCGCGGGACCUGUUCGAACAGGCGCUGGACGGCUGCCCCCCCCGAUACGCAAGAGUACGGACACUGGGGACAUGGGGGACAUUGGGGGGACAUGGGGGGCACCGGGGACAUUGGGGGACACCAGGGACAUUGGGGACACCGGGGGGACAGGAUGGGUUCAGGCUGCCCUCCCGAUACGCCAAGACGAUCUUCCUGCUGUACGCGGGGCUGGAGGAGCAGUUCGGGCUGGCUCGCCACGCCAUGGCCGUGUACGACCGGGCCACGCGCGCGGUGCUGCCGGCGCAGCAGAGCGACAUGUUCAACAUCUACAUCCGGCGCGCCGCCGAGCUCUACGGCGUCACCCACACCCGGCCCAUCUACCAGAAGGCCAUCGAGGUGCUGGGUGACGACGCGGCGCGGGAGCUGUGCCUGCGCUUCGCCGACAUGGAGUGCAAGCUGGGCGAGGUGGAUCGGGCCCGCGCCAUCUACACCUACUGCGCCCAGAUCUGCGACCCCCGUAUCACGGGCACGUUCUGGCAGACGUGGAAGGAGUUUGAGAUCCGGCACGGGAACGAGGACACGAUCCGGGAGCUGCUGCGCAUCAAGCGCAGCGUCCAGGCCACCUACAACACCCAGGUCAACUUCAUGGCCUCCCAGAUGCUCCGGGCACACGCCAGCGGCGCCGGUGGUGACGGCGCGCCGGCCCUGGACCGGAUGCAGCAGCUGGAGCUGCGCGCGGGGCAGCUGGCGAGCGAGGAGCAGAGGGACCGGCAACCGGAGCAACAGCCGCGGCCCCGGGACGCGCUGCGGUUCGUCAGGGCGGAGGGGGGAGGGGCUCUGGCCGCCCUGUCCCAACAGGGGAACCCGGACGAGAUCGACCUGGGGGACGAGGACGAGGCCGAACCCGACGGUGCGGGGACAGGGGACAGCGUGGGGACAUGGGGACACAUGGGGACAUGGGGACACAUGGGGACAGGGGACAGCGUGGGGACAUGGGGACAGGGGACAGUGUGGGGACAUGGGGACAGGGGACAGCGUGGGGUAUCUCCCAGUGCCCCCCAGUCCCUCCCAGUUUGA